GUUCCCUGAUGAGUAUCAGUUGAAUCCGAUAUUGAAUUCACUUAAACAUUAAGUUUCUAAAACAUAAACUUAAAAUGAACAAGGUUUUGAUUUUAGUGUCAGUGAUAGGAAUGUGCAGUGCAUAUUUUCUCCCAAUAUUAAGCGGUGGCUUAAGUAGUAUUAGCGGUACUAUUGGAGGUGCUGCCGGAGGCGCACAGGGAGGUAUUGGCCAGGCUAUUGGUGGUGCUACUCAAGCUGCCAGUACUAUCGGUGCAGCGGCUGGUAAUCUAAUCAAUGAGGACAUCAAAUUCAAGACCGGAUUGGCUCAGGGUAGUAUUAGCGGUACUAUUGGAGGUGCUGCCGGAGGCGCACAGGGAGGUAUUGGCCAGGCUAUUGGUGGUGCUACUCAAGCUGCCAGUACUAUCGGUGCAGCGGCUGGUAAUCUAAUCAAUGAGGACAUCAAAUUCAAGACCGGAUUGGCUCAGGGUGCCCUAAAUGCGGGCUCAGACAUAUUGGCAGCAAAGAGUGCUUUUGUCGGCAAAUUGGCUAAUGCUGCCGAAGGCGCUAUUAGUGGAGGUUUGGGUGGUGUCACGAAUGCUACCGGUGCUGUCGGUGGAGCCGUUGGUGAUCUGAUUAAUGAUGAGAUCAGAAUUAAAUCCGGAUUGGCUCAGGGUGCUUUGGGAGGUGUCCAAGAUUUGCUAAAAGCAAAGGGAGAUUUUGUUGGACAGGUUGGAGGAGCUGUUGGUGAUGCCGUCAAUAAGGGAGUGUCAGGUAUUGGACAGACAGCCGGUACUAUUGGUGGAGCCGUUGGUAAUCUGAUCAAUGACGACAUCAAAUUCAAGACCAGAUUGGCUCAGGGUGCCCUAAAUGCGGGCUCAGACAUUUUGGCAGCAAAGGGUGCAUUCAUCGGAAAGUUAGCUAACGCUGCUGAGGGCGCUGUUAGUGGAGGUUUGGGUGGUGCUGGUGGUAUCGGUGGUGGAUUUGUUCUGCCCACUAUUGGAUUUGUAUGUUUGUGCUAUAGUGACCCAACGGUGUCCGGUAGGUGCGGCCCACCGGGACUGCCACCUAAAGCAAAGUUACAGCACAUAUCCCCUGAAAGGAUUAGUUUUGAUAACAACGAGAAAGUCGUGAUUUCCUGUAAAAAGGAUGAAUUCCCACAAUUCAAUCAGGAACUGGAGUGUAGGAACGGCGAACACGUGGACACUCAGGUGACACAUCUGGAUGUGUUUGACUGUCAGUCACCGGACAAUCGGUUACUCCUAUCGCAAGCCAUAAACAAGUCAUGGGUAGCUCCACCGGACUUACCCUUACAGCCUAACUCUUACCACUUAUAUCGUGUACCCUUUGACCUAACUAUACCGGCCAAUGAGUCCACGUGCUAUACGUGGCGCAUACACUUCGAGCAUAAUGUUAGCAUAGCUUUCUUAAGGAUAGAUUUCAUGUAUUCACAACACAACAGCACCGGUAGUCAGACAAAUGUCAUCGAAAAUGUUAUUACAAAUGUCGAGCCAAUAGUGAGUCCGUACCGCACCUGUAUUUUACAAGAGAAUAUAUUGACCAUGGGUCAUCAUGAAAUGACCGGUCGGCGCUUAUGGACAGGGUUACAGUUCUAG